AUGGAAGAGGACGCCGUAGAACACCGUCUUCCAGUGAGGCUCUUCGCAACUAAUAGAUUCCAACGUCGCCGUCUGAUAGUCUACUCAAGGCCGAACAUCCUAGCUUUCCUCCGCCAUAUUCUUCGGGGUUCUCCGGUGUUUACAAGGAGAGUCUCCGUUGGAAAUCUUUUUGAUCUCCCCGCUCGGCAGUGCCCCGUUUCGUGCAAGCUUAUACACGGUUUCGUCUCUCGUCACUUGCUCUGCAACCAAGAACACACGCUGUGGACAGUGUUUGGUAAAGACCCCCUGAGAUUCAGUCUUGAAGAGUUUGGGACCAUAACUGGUCUUAACUGUGGAGCAUUUCCAAAGGGGUACGAAGCACCCGAUCACAACCAGAAGGGUUCAAACAAGCAGAAGGGCGCACACAAAGACCCGAUGUGGAAGGAGAUAAUUGGCAAGUACAACAACAUCACCAUCGCUGACUUUGCAGACGAGCUUGAGAAUGACGAAGAAAUGGAUGACGAGAGGCGAUUCCAGCUCGCCCUUAUCAUUAUCGUGGAUGGAGUGUUGAUUGCCUCCCAACAGAUCCACCGCCCCACGCUUAGGUACGUCCAGAUGUUAGGGGACGUAGAUGCUUUCCUCGAAUUUCCCUGGGGCCGUGAAUCUUUCCUCCACACUGUACGGUGUAUGAAACCACCAAAGUUCGAGAAAGGCAAGCCCGUUGAAGACCGCGUUGGUAUGCUUGUCCAAAAACUCAAACAAUCAUCAUUCUGUCUCACCGGAUUCCCACUAGCACUGCAGCUACUCGCUUUCAGAGCUAUACCAAUGCUGCAGUCGAAGAUCCCUGCUCAACGAGCUGACAGUAAUGGAGCUUACCGAGCUUAUUCUGCCUAG